AUGGCCCGCCGGAAGAUCUCCUCCGAGUCCUUCAGCUCGCUGGGCUCGGACUAUCUGGAGACCAGCCCGGAGGAGGAGGGCGAAUGUCCCCUGUCCAGGCUCUGCUGGAACGGCAGCCGCAGCCCGCCCGGCCCGCAGGACCCGCUCGCCGCCGCCGCCGCCGCCGCCAGGAGGGCUCCGCGCAGGAGACGGGUCAACCUGGACUCGCUCGGGGAGAGCAUCAGCCGCCUGACGGCUCCCACACCUCAGACCAUACGGCAGACUCUCCAAAGGACACUGCGGUAUUAUGAGCAUAAAGUUAUUGGUUACAGGGAUGCAGAAAAGAACUUUCACAAUAUAUCGAACAGAUGCUCCUAUACAGACUGCUCUGGCAAUGAUGAAGCUGAAGAUGUCUCAGGAAUUCUCCAGUGUACAGCUAAUAUACUCGGUUUGAAGUUUGAGGAGAUGCAAGAAAAAUUUGGGGAGGAAUUCUUCAAUAUCUGCUUUGAUGAGAAUGAAAGAGUUCUUCGCGCUGUAGGUGGCACACUGCAGGACUUCUUCAAUGGCUUUGAUGCUUUGCUGGAGCACAUUAGAACUUCAUUUGGAAGACAGGUCACUCUGGAAUCCCCUUCUUUCCUAUGCAAAGAGCUCCCCGAAGGCAACCUCAUGCUCCACUACUUUCACCCUCAUCAUAUUGUUGGAUUUGCAAUGAUGGGAAUGAUAAAGGUGGCAGCAAAGAAGAUCUACCGUUUGGAAGUGGAUGUGGAACAAGUCACGAAUGAUAAACUGUACGCAGAGGGGUCGAACCCAGGUAAUUGCAGCUGUCUUACUUUUAUUAUCAAAGAACGUGAAAAUGCAAAUAUCACAAAAGCACUUCCACUCGGAUCAUCUCAGUCUCCCUCAGACCUGAGGAUAAGCAUCAGCACCUUCUGCAGAGCUUUCCCCUUCCAUCUGAUGUUCGAUCCAAACAUGCUGGUGCUCCAGCUUGGGGAAGGCCUUAGGAAGCAGCUCAGAUGCGACACUCACAAAAUGUUGAAAUUCCAGGACUGCUUUGAGAUAGUUUCCCCCAAGGUCAGUGCCACAUUUGAACGAGUCCUCCUGAGAUUAUCAACACCAUUUGUGAUUCGGACCAAACUUGAGGCUUCUGGCUCUGAAAAUGAUAAGGUGAUGGAAGUCAAAGGACAAAUGAUCCAUGUGCCCGAGUCAAAUUCUAUUUUGUUUUUGGGUUCCCCUUGUGUGGACAAGCUGGAUGAACUGAUGGGCCGAGGCCUACAUCUUUCUGACAUACCUAUCCACGAUGCUACCCGUGAUGUCAUAUUGGUUGGGGAGCAGGCAAAGGCCCAAGAUGGCUUGAAGAAACGAAUGGAUAAACUGAAGGCAACAUUAGAGCGAACACACCAAGCUCUGGAAGAGGAGAAAAAGAAGACAGUAGAUCUUCUUAUUUCUAUUUUCCCAGAAGAGGUGGCUCAACGAUUGUGGCAGGGGCAACAAGUUCAGGCCAGGAAGUUUGAUGAUGUCACAAUGCUCUUCUCAGACAUUGUUGGCUUCACAGCUGUGUGUGCCCAGUGCACCCCCAUGCAGGUGAUCAGCAUGCUGAAUGAGCUAUACACUCGAUUUGACCAUCAGUGUGGAUUCCUGGAUAUCUAUAAGGUGGAAACAAUAGGUGAUGCAUACUGUGUUGCAGCAGGGCUCCAUAGGAAGAGCCUUAGUCAUGCGAAACCCAUUGCUUUGAUGGCUCUGAAGAUGAUGGAACUUUCAGAAGAGGUACUUACACCAGACGGGAGACCUAUUAAGAUGAGGAUAGGAAUUCAUUCAGGAUCAGUUCUGGCUGGAGUUGUUGGUGUGAGAAUGCCACGUUAUUGUCUCUUUGGAAACAACGUCACUCUAGCAAGCAAGUUUGAGUCAGGGAGUCAUCCGCGUCGCAUCAAUGUCAGUCCAACCACAUACCAGCUUUUGAAAAAGGAAGAAAACUUUACUUUUAUCCCUCGGUCCCGUGAAGAGCUUCCAGACAACUUUCCAAAGGAAAUCCCUGGGAUCUGUUACUUCCUGGAGGUCACAAGUGGGCAGAAGCAGCCAAAGCCCUCCAUGACAUCUGCCAGAGUGAGAAAGGUUUCCUACAACAUUGGCACCAUGUUUCUUCGGGAGACAAGCCUAUGAAGCCUGCUGCAGAUCAAAGACUAGUCAAAAAGCACAAGCCCAGAACUGGGUCAUGAGAGGAAAGUUGGAUAUUCUUUUUAUUUCACUGCCUUGUCGUGGACAAGCAGUAAAAGCUCUAUCUAAUGUCAGGCAAUAAUUAUUUUAAAAGGUGGGUGACUGCUGUCAGUAAACAAACUGGAAAAUGAAACAAAAUACUUCUAUUUCCAGAGGAAUUAUUGGUUGUCAAUUUCAAUUCGGCCCCUUUAAAAAACAAAGCAAACAAAUCUUUGGGGUUGAUUUUUGUUUGAACAGAAGUGGGUGAUGGUUGUCUGUAGAUUUGCACCAGCUAAGCAGAAUUGAGCAUCAGUUCUGAUUAUGCAUUCCUACAUUAAUGUGUCGUUCACCAAGGUAACAAUGUUUUUUAACUUUCAGAACAAACAUUUCAUACAUAUACUGUAGAGUGCUGUAACCUUCCUGGCAGGAGGAAUAUAUAAUUCAGUACAAUAUUGUAGGGAUUUUACCUAUUUUUAUACAUAUUUCACUUUCUGGACAAUUACAUUCCAUAUACUAUAAAAUGAGUGAGCUUUUCAGAAUAAGCUACUGUAUGUUUCAGAUAUUCUCUCUAUCAAAGCUUCUUAUUAUACAAGUGGCAAGACUUUUGACUUUUUGGCAACAAAAACAUCAAUAUUUUGCAAAAGAAAAAUACAUUGAUAAGUCUCCUUACAUGGCUUUUACGGUUUAGAUGAACAUUGUCUCGCAUAUACAAUAAUAUAUAAUGUUCAGAUGUUCAGUAUUUGUCCUACUAGUAACAUGUGUCCAGUCUCUCCAGAAAAAUGCAAACAAAGGCUUAAAGAUCAAUGUCUUGGUGGGUAAAAAAAAGUUCCGUUGCACCCCAUGGGCCAUAUCUCAUACCAUCGAUUUUAUGUAGAAGUCCUUACGAUGGAUGAUGUAGCCUAUUGAAAGCAGCAUCCAGCAGAUAUGGGAAGCACUUUGGGAGGGAUUUUCAAAGCAGCUCAAUCACAGGAAUACAGGUUCCAUUGAUUUUUAGUGGGAUUUGUGCUCUUAAAUCGCUUUGGAAUUUUUGAAAAUCAUGUCCGUUAUUAGCAAUGUUAUGCUGGAAGUUUCAUCUGCUGCUAGCUUGGCUGAAAUGUUGCUGCUUUUUGUAGUGCAGAAUAGAUUAAAAGACAUGUACAAAUUUAAAAAGGGGAAAUGCUUACCUUUAGUAUAAUGCAAAUGACUGUUCAAAAUUUAAAUUAAUCGAGAUCAGUAAAAAUAAAGGGCCAGAUUCUCAUCUAUUGAAAAUUUAUGCAACUCUGUUGUCUUCAGUGGAGCUAUGCUCAUUUACACCAGGAGAGGAUCUGGCCUCAAAUAGUCAUGUCUUCAGACAGACUUUAUUUUUUUCUGAUUUUACCCUUUCCCUUGGAUUUCCUUUUCAAUUAGCACUACCUGUAGAACUGCCUCUGCAAGCCUACCCAUAGCAGGGUCCUAUUCGUACAGACCAACACAGUUCUAUGCUUAGAGAAAACAGUUCAUUAGCUAAUGUCUGUACAGUGCUUUUGAAGAUGUGUAGCUCUGUAUGGGCCUGA